AUGAUCAGUCAACCUCGAGACUCGGCUGACUUCCGUUCGGAAUGUGCUCCCCGCCGCAUGAAUCUUUCAUUCCUAGCUGGAGGACAUCGGAUACUGUGGCCAUCUCCGCCGUUCCGGGGAGUUCCAAUUGUACGGUGGGGUCAUCAUGGUCACCACUAUCCUGUUCACUUGGCUCGGCGUCAACCAGUGGUCUCUCGGCCGAAUGGGACGAAAGUUCUGUUGCCACGCAACUUGCACGCCUGA